GCGGUUCUAUUCCUCCUCCCCGUUGUCUAUUCCUUUAUUCUCUUUCCCUCUUCCACUGUUGGAGCCGGCGCCCGCUGAUUCCGGUGUGACGCCACGUCCUUGUAUCAAAGUGCAAGCAUUUGAAAACUUAUCCAGAAGUACUCAUCCCUGUAAUUUGAGCAAAGAAAUACCUAUGAAGAACUAUUUAUCUGAUACAGCAAUUGGAAGCCCUUGAAGUUCUGAAGUAAAGAUGGGUGAUGAAGAUGAUUCCAUCGAACAAGCUGCUGCAUCACGUAGAGAAAGGCUGCGGGCUCUUAAAGCUGCUCAAGAAUUGAUGAAUACUCCUGAUGAUGACACUACACAAGCUAAUGAUAAGACAAAUGACGAUGAAACUACUGAAGAGCAAAAUCCCAUGAAAUUUCGUAAUUAUGUUCCGCAGGACAAACACCUCCAGGAAGGGAAGCUUGCUCCUGCCGUGCUACCAAAGUUUGAAGACCCUGUUGCUGCUGCCCCUCCACCUGAGAAGGAGGAUCCUUUUUUGAAUAUUGCUCCAAAGAAACCUAACUGGGACCUGCGGAGAGAUGUGCAGAAGAAGCUUGAUAAGCUUGAAAAACGAACUCAGAAGGCUCUUUACAAACUUAUGGAGGAGCAAGAAAAACAACAACUAUUGACUGAAGGGGAUGAUACAAAUGGCACCGCAGAUUAAUUGUAGAAUCUGAAACAACCUGAUUGACCGAUGCAGAAGUCAGUAUUAAUGCUACAUCUUGCUUUUGCAGUGUAUGAUUACUGUUAUAUUACUCAUUCUGAAUUUAGAGGUAAAAAAUCAUGGAUUCUUGCAGCUUCUUCCCCCCCUCCCCCUGGUCUUCGGGAAUUAAAAUGCCACUUCUAAACAUUUGAGUCAAUCGUCGUUCUCCCA